AUGGCUACCCCCAGUGUCCUUACCUUUGAUGCUGAGGGUCGUGCUGUUGACAUUGAGGUCUGGGUCGAUGACCUCCAGUUGUUCCUCCAGUGCGAUAGGGCAGACAAACUCUCCCUAUUUGAUCUCACCUCUAGUGCUUCUCCUGCCCCACCUACUACUGGUGACACCACUGUUCGCUCACAGUGGGCCACAUGCGAUGCAGCUGCCCGUCUUGCUGUGCGUCGCCACUUACCGACCACUGAGCGUGCGCACUUUAGUCAGUACAAGAGUGCUAAGACCUUGGACCACUUCCUCUCAGUUUGCCCCACUACAGUCACCGUUGACCUCCUCGAGGAGCGCCUCCUAGCAGUAGAGAAGAGCAUAGUCGCUGUAGGAGCCUCUUGUGGUGACCCUCGCACCCCCGUCUUUGAGAGGUGUUCCCCCUCCCCCCUCUUGCCCUCUGUUGCUUCUGCUGCUGCAGCCGACCUCGUUGGCACCGAGUCGGUUGGCGUUGUGUCUGCCCCUAGCGAGAGACGCCGCACCGGCAAGGGCAAGGGGGGCAAGGGCGCUAAAGGGGCUGGCGGGGGCGGUGGAGGUGGUGGUGGAGGCAGUGGAGGGGGUGGGGGUGGUGGUGGGAGUGGUGGCGGGGGAGGAGGUGUCGGUGGCAGCAGUGGAGGCGGAGGAGGCGGCGACGGUGGCGGAGGGAGCGGAGGCGGCGGAGGUGGCGGAGGCGACGGAGGUGGCGCAGGCGGCGGCGGCAGCGGUGGAGCUGGUCGCGGCUCUGCGCAAAGGGGUGGUUCCGGUGGUGGUCCGCGCCAGCAGCAGCAGCGCAGUCAUGAGACCCCGUCCCCCCAGCAGCUUCGUGAGUGGUACGCUGCACGUCAGCGAGGUGAGGGUACUGGUCCCUGCACCUACGUCCUCCGUACCGGCGACCGCGCUGGUGAGCAGUGCGGGGGCCCGCACUCCACCCAGCGCUGCUUCGGCCGCCUGACGGACGCGUGGCGUCACCAGUUCCCUGACGCUACUGAGAUCCCUCGCUGGGGAGAGCUGUCUAGGGCGGGGGUUGCUAUCUUUGAUCUUGAUUAUGAUGCUAUUCUUGCUGCCAUGUAUGCUGUUUCUGCCAGUGAUGAGGGUGACUGUUACCUGUGUGUUCCGCCUGACUCGGGCAUUGAGGCUGCUGCUCUAAGUACUAGUGAGACUGCUGCUCUAGGUGCUAGUGCGUCUAGUGCCCCAGGUGCUGGUGAGUCUGCUCUCUCAGGUACCACGUCGGCUCAGGCCUUACACACCUUCACCCUUGACUCAGGUGCUUCCCGCUCCUUCUUUCGAGACCGCACCACGCUUACGCCGCUUAGUCGGCCAGUUGCAGUCUCCCUGGCGGACCCCUCUGGGGGUCCUGUCCUUGCUAGCUUCUCCACUGUCUUACCGUGCCCUGCAGCCCCCUCUGGCACCCUGUCAGGUCUCUACCUCCCCUCGUUCUCUACGAACUUGGUGAGUGGAGCUGAUCUACAGGAUAGGGGGGUUGACCAGUUCACUCCUGCGAGUCAACGCGUGACCCACUGCACGUGUGCUCGGACGGGCCGACACUUGGCCACGUUUACCCGCCGGCCGGGGACGAGCCUGUACACACUGACUACUGAGUCUCCUCCGGUUGCUGAGUCUGGGCCUGCCCCUACCUGCAUUCCCUGCGUUGAGGGGCAGCAGCGUGCCGCCCCUCACUCCUCCGAGUUUCCUCCGACAGAGGCUCCGCUGCAGACUCUUCACAUGGACGUAGGCGGGGAGUUUUCCUCUGCCCGUCUGGGAGCCUUGUGUUGUGCACAGAUCAUCCGCCAGACAUUCACGCUUCCGGCCUCUCCACAGAAAAAUGGGAUUGCUGAGCGCCGCAUUGGCAUGGUCAUGGACGUCGCUUGUACGUCCAUGAUCCAUGCGGCUGGCCCCCAUUUUCUGUGGCCGUUUGCGGUUCAGUACGCCACGCAUCAGCUCAACCUUCAGCCCCGGGUCUCCUUGCCAGAGACCUCCCCCACCUUGCAGUGGACGGGGAAGGUUGGCGAUGCGUCUGCGUUUCGGGUUUGGGGAUCUCGGUCGUUUAUCCGCGACUUGUCUGCGGACAAGCUGUCCCCCCGUGCUGUUCCCUGCGUAUUCCUUGGCUUCCCCCCUAACGCGCCUGGGUGGCAGUUUUACCACCCCACCUCGCACCGUCCUCCCCUGGUAGACCCCCUCCCCCCACAGGGUCCUGCCCCGUCGGGUGUGUCCCGGGUAGACGCAGUCGAGCGUGUCGAGGUAGCUAUUGACUCUGGUGCUGCUAGAGGUGCUGAACCUGCGGGUGCCGGGUCUGGAGGUGCUCAGCCUUGGGGUGCGGAGUCUGGGGGUGCUGAGCCUGGGGGUGCUGAGUCUGGGGGUGCUGAGCCUGGGGGUGCUGAGCCUGGGGGUGCGGAGCCUGGUGGUGCUGGGUCUGCUCGUGUGGCCUCUCACGGUGCUUCGUCGAGGCGGGAGCUACUCUCUCCGCAGGAGCUGCGCGAGUCGUUUGCCCGGCGCUGGAGCCGAGCUGCUGGAGCUGGAGGUGCUACUUUUGGUGCUGGUCCUGGAGGUGCUACUGUUGGUGCUACUGACGGUACUGGAGCUGCUGGGACUGGGGGUGCUGCUGGGGCUGUUGGAGUUGGUCCAGCUGGACAUACUGCUGGAGCUGGUGGCGGUACUGGAGCUGCCGGUCCUACUGGAGUAGGUGCUGCUGGAGCUGCUGGAGCUGGAGAUGCUGGGGGUGUUGGCGCUGGUGCUUCUGAGGGUGCUGGAGUUGGCGCUGCUGGAGCUAGAGGUGAUGCUGACACUGGUGCUGUCGCUGGGGGUACUGGUGUUGUCCCUGCUGUUUCUGGAGGCGUUGCGCGGCCGCGGCCGUACUUCGUUCCGCUCCUUGAGCAGGUUCUUGGCCUCCCGCCUUCUACUGGUCCUGCUCCUCCCUUCGAAGAUCUUGCUGAGCGUCCUGAGCCUGCGUCUCGUCCUGCGUCGCCUGUUCGUGCUGCUCGCACUAGUGGUCGUGCUCCGCAUCCGCGUCCUCCUGCGGUCCCAGGAACACACCAAAUGGCACUGAGUCCUUCCACUGCUCCUCUGCGUGUCCCGUUGCCGUCUCCUCCAGAGUCCUCUCUUCCUAUUCUUGCUGACCCGGAGUCUGACUCUCUUCGUGCUGCCAGUCCUACUGUCACGCGUCUCCUGGCUACUGUUGUCACUGACCCUUCCUUUGAGUCCACUGCAGCGUCAGCCCUCGUUGCUGAGCUUGUCGACUUUGCCGCUCGCUCUCACGUCCUUGAGGACAGGCAGGAGGAGUUCCAGUGUUUUGCUGCUGCUUUGCCUCAUCUCGUGUCCACGCUGAUUGCCCCUGAGGGAGACCUGGAUGCACCAGACAUCCCGACUCCUCGAUCGUACGCUGAGGCGAUCAAGGGUCCCUACUCCUCUCAGUGGCAGACAGCCAUGGACGCAGAGAUGGCUUUCUGGAAGUCCACAGGCACCUACGUCGACGAGGUUCCCCCACCUGGGGCGAACAUCCGCGACUACGAGCUUCACUCUCUUGACUUCAGCAUAGCUUUCUUGCAGGGCAGCCUGCAUGAGGAGAUCUGGCUGCGCCGCCCACCUCAAUUCACUGUGUCGUUUCCUCUUGGUACCCAGUGGAGCCUGCGGCGGCCACUCAACGGUCUCUGCCAGGCGCCCCGUGAGUGGCACGACACACUGAGGACUACACUUGCGGCUCUUGGCUUUGCUCCUUCGACUGCCAACCCGUCGUUGUUUUUGAGCACCGACACCUCUUUGCCGCCGCUCUACAUCCUCAUGUACGUCGAGGACUUGGUCUUUGCCGCUGCUGACACUGCUAGACUCGCCCACGUGAAGUCCGAGCUGCAGAAGAGACACACGUGCACAGACCUAGGUGAACUGCGCAGCUACCUUGGCUUGCAGAUCACCCGGGACAGAGCACAGCGCACCAUUACCCUGACUCUGUCACACAUGGUGCAGCAGGUCCUUCAGCACUUCGACUUCACGUACUCCUCGCCUCAGACCACUCCUCUGUCUACUCGCCACUCGCUCUCAGCUCUGCCUUCGGAUAAGUCCGUAGAGUCGAUUGGCCUGUACCCAGAGCUUGUUGGCUGCCUCAUGUACCUGAUGACCUAUACACGACCUGACCUUGCAGACCCUCUUAGCAUCUUGGAACGCUAUGUUUCUCUUGGGAGACACCGACCAGAGCACAUGGCUGCAGCGAAGAGGGUGUUGCGCUACUUGUGUAGUACGUCGGGCAUGGGGCUAGUGCUUGGAGGGCGACGUCGAGUGAUCCUCACAGCCCAUUGGGUUUAG